ACGGGACCGUCGGCUCAUCACAUCACAGUCUGCAACUCUACACUCUCCUUACUCUCUCUCUCCCCUGCUGUGAAUUGUGAUUCUCUCCUAAGUCCUACCUUCCAACAAAACCUUUAAAAAAAAAAUAGAAAGAGAAAAAUCCACAGAAAAAAUUUUGGAACGUUUUGUACCCACAGAUCUAAGGUAAUGUGAGUGAUCUAGCUGACAUUCCGGAAUUAGGCUUCUCUUCUCGCAAAUCCUUAAACGUCCAUGAAAGAAACGAGUUCGACAGACCCAAUAGGGCAGAACGUCAUAAAACUCAUCAGCAAUGUCUGCUUCUCCGUCUUCGUCUUCUCUGUGCUUGUAUUUACCGUAAUCGCCAUCACGUACCAACCUCCCGACCCCUGGCUCGAGUCCUCCAAGGCCCUCACCAGGGCAUUCACUGAGGUCGAGAACGCCACCUUCAAAACCGACACUUCAGUCCUCACAACCGGCGAAGAUCUGGUCGCUGUCUCCCCUGCUGCAGCACCACUCGCGGCUCUUCCAAUAACGGAAGCUGUAGUCGAGAAAAGCGAGGAGAAACUGAAGAACUCAACCCCCCCUGUAUCCAGCUGUGGAGAAGCUGUGAAUUGUUCGGAUCCGCGUGUUUUGGUUGUGAUUGAGAAGUUCAAUCUCAAGGUCUUCAAGUCAAUUGUGUUCUUGGAUUAUCAGACACCGGUUAACGGGUCGAAGCCCAACGAGUGCGACGUGGCUUGGAGGUUCCGGAACAAGAAGGAGAAAUCUUGGCGCAAGUACAGGGACUUCAGGAGGUUUAGAAUCGGCGUUAAAGAGGACUGUAGCUAUGUGGUUGCCGGCGCAGGCCGAUGGCAUUCUGGGAUCAAUGCAAGGCGACAGAGGCCUAAGUUGAAUUCGACACUGAGCACGGGAGGUCCUAAGAAUCCAAAUCCUCCACCGGUUCGCGACGACGAGAUCAAUGACACGAUCCCGACGGUUGGAUCCGAAGUUGCAUUCUCGAAGGGAAGGUACUUGUACUACUCGCGUGGAGGGGAUUAUUGCAAGGGGAUGAACCAUUUCCUGUGGAGUUUCUUGUGUGGUCUAGGAGAGGCGCAGUUCUUGAAUCGAACAUUUGUGAUGGAUCUAGGUAUGUGCUUGUCUGCACAGUAUAAUAAUCCGAGUGGAAUGGAUGAGGAGGGGAAGGAUUUCCGGUACUAUUUUGAUUUUGAGCAUCUUAAGGAGGAGGCUUCAAUUGUUGAGGAAGGCGAAUUUCUCAGGGAUUGGAGGAAAUGGGAUAAGACCCGUAAGAAGAAGAUCCCCGUUAGAAAGGUUGCAAGCUACAAGAUCACGCCAAUGCAGCUUAAAAAGGAUAAGAACACGAUUAUAUGGAGGCAAUUCGAUGCACCAGAGCCAGAGAAUUACUGGUACAGAGUUUGUGAAGGGCCGGUUGCGAAGUAUGUGCAGAGACCCUGGCAUGCUGUGUGGAAGUCAAAGAGACUGAUGAAUAUAGUUUCUGAGAUUAGUGGGCGGAUGGACUGGGAUUUUGAUGCAGUUCAUGUUGUCCGAGGAGCGAAAGCACAGAAUAAGGAGCUCUGGCCACAUUUGGAUAACGAUACAUCUCCAGCUGCCCUCUUUGAGAAGCUCAAAGGGAUGGUUCAGCCUUGGAGGAAUCUGUAUAUUGCCACUAAUGAACCCUUCUAUAACUAUUUUGAUAAGUUGAGGUCUCAAUACAAGGUCCAUCUGCUUGACGAUUACAAGGAGUUAUGGGGAAAUACCAGUGAGUGGUACAACGAGACCAAGCUCUUGAAUGGUGGCAAGCCAGUUGAGUUUGAUGGGUAUAUGAGAGUUGCAGUGGACACUGAGGUCCUGUACAGGGCAAAGACACGCGUAGAGACAUUCUAUAAUUUGACCAAGGAUUGCAAGGAUGGUAUCAAUACGUGCUGACCCUUUCAUGGAAUUGAUGUGGAGAAUGGAAAAGUUGUAAGACUUCUUGGUCAAUUUCUCAAUGUUUUAUUUUCUUUAUUCAAUUUUGGGGUUAACAUAUUGAGAAGAUCCUUUGCAGCCUAUUGAGUUGUUUGCAUUACUCAUUUGCCCACCACAUUGUUUGUAUCUAGUUUGCUUCUGUAUGAUAUGUUUUAACAGUUUUCACAAUUGAGUUUCUUUUGAUUUAUAUCCA